CAAUGACAUUGUCCUGUCAAAGAUGACGCCUGUAUAGUGUUUAUUUAAUUUAUUUUGAAUUUUUGCCGGCCCCUAAAGUAAAUUCAGUACAAAUGUUCCAAUUUUAUUAUCGUAAAUGUGUUGUAUACAAUUUUUCUCGUAAUUUAUCGAAUUUUGUACCUGCUCUCAAAUCGAAUACUUGCACAAUGAAAAUAAUUGGUUUUGCUUAGGUUAUAAUUUUAAAAACAUCCUGAUUGAAUGGUGUUAUUGUGAUUUUAUCUCGAACAGAAUAGCAGAAUAUCAAGAUGGAAGUUGAGGAAAACGUUGACGAUCCCAUGGAAAUCGAUGACACAAUUCCAGAAACUCAAAUAAUUGAGAAAUCUAACCAGACACAAGGUACCAACGAGAAUGCCUUGGAUGUAGUUGUACUGGAUGAUGACGAGGAUGAUAGUGAUAAAACACAUACCAAUGGGACUGUUGAAGAUAUAAUUGAUCUGGUUCCUAAAAAUAUUGGCGGUGAUUGUAUAAAUUAUUCAUGUAAAGGUGGCAAGGAGCUUAUCGUAGCUCCAGUGUUUUGUCUCUCGUAUUACAGAGUGAAAAGCUCGAAUAAAAUGGAGAAAAAAGUUUGUUUGGACUGUUAUAAGACUGCUGUGAGGAUGUAUGAUAGUUUAGUAACUGAAAUGAAAACCGGUAAAUUGUUAUUCGAUGUUGAUGUACCUAUAUUGAAUGAUAUGGUGGAGAUCGAAGAUUCCGAUGAAGAGGAAACGGCUGUCAAAAAGGAUGAAGAUUACUUGGAUGAGGAUAAUUUCAAAUUUAUUGAAAAAAAUAUCGAUGAUGUAUUGCACAGGGUUAUGGCCAAGUUCAAUCUGAAAGAUAGGAUAAAAAAAGAAGAAGAUUCCCUUAAGAAGAGGUUCGCUAAAACUCAAGAGGAUUGUAAGCAGUUGAGGGAAAAUUUACAAUUGAUGAGGAAAGAGGUUGAUAAGAUACAAAUAGAUUUUUAUAAUGACUUUAGGCCGGAAAUCAGGGAUUCCCCCAUGGCUACAAUCAUAAUAGAUGAUUUUAUGCUUUCCAACGAUGCGAUUUCUCGACAAGCUUCUAUUGGUACAUCUGGCAAUAAUUCACUAGAACCAUCCAGAAAGAGCAACAGGAGGGUUAAACCGGUGUCCUACUCGGAAAUUGAGGAUAUCACUAAUUCAAACAGUCCUAAGCCGGCAACACCACCGACAGGCACUAAUAAGGAGACGGAGGUUAUACCAGUAACACAGGAACCAACAGAUUUACCACCAAAAGGCCCCACCACCAGACCACCGUUAGAAAUAAACGAGAUCUAUUACAUAUCCCGAGAUGGUAACCCGUCAGGUUGUUGGGUUAGAGCGAGGUUGAACAACGUUCUGCUACCGGGUAGCAUUCACGAUGGACAGAAAUGCAUGACCACCCUGUAUAAGUUGACCGAACUGAAGCAGCAGAGGGAAAGGGUGGUUGGUGGAAAAAAUAUCGCCUAUAUAAAUCCCUGUCCUACCAGGCUCAGGGUCGGAGACAGGGUGAUUGCCGGUUUCAAGGAAGGCAGCGGGGCCAAUAAAAAAGCCAAUCCUUAUUAUCCGGGAGUGGUCGCUGAGCCCCCCUAUGAAGCGAAUAAGUAUCGAUACCUCAUAUUUUUCGAUAUUGGUUACUCUCAAUAUGUUCCGUAUAACAUGGUGAAUUUGGUUUAUGAGGUUAGUAGGAAGGUUUGGGAAGACAUGCCUCCAGAUUGUAGACAGUUCAUCAAGAAGCACAUAGAAAGCCAGGACUGGCCGAUGGUUAAAUUGAAGAAAGACCAGUCCAUAAUAACGGAGUAUAACGGCAAAUGGGUGCUCUGUACCGUGAUCAACGUUGACUGUUCCCUAGUCCAGGUGUUCUUUGACGAACUGAACCGUUUCGAGUGGAUCUACAGGGGCUCCAGGAGGAUUAAGGAGAUAUACAGGGAGGAACUGGCUGCUCAGAACAGAACGUCCGGUCAGAGGGCCUCCAGGAAGGGCCAGAUCGAAUCGAAGAACAUAGUCCAGUACACCCCGAACGUGAAUUUCACCCUGUCCGAGACCGGCGAGGCCCCAGAGGAAGAACAGCCUGCCAGCACCGGGGAUUCCGGGAUAGAGGAGGAGCAGAGCCAGCCCAGCGUGAGGGCUGUGGCCCGUAAGAGCACCGCCAAGCCCCAGAAUCAGGUCACCCCGGCCGUGGUGCCUUUCCUGCCUCCAGUCAACAACGCUUUCAACGCCACGGGGCCCACCAGUAAGAUUAUGUACUUUACGCCGCGCGAUCAGCACACCAUGAAGCGGCCGUACAGGUCGCACGCGUGCUCGCCGAAGUGCAAGGACUUCCUGACGCACAAUUUCAGCAAGUUGAGGGGGCAGAAUCCGCUUUCCAAGCCUCUGUUGUGCGGUUGGGCCAGGAUGACCGUUAAGGGUAGGGUGAGGAAGGAUAUUGCGUACAAGGCGCCCUGCGGGAGACUGUUGAGGAACAUCGCCGAGGUUCACUACUAUCUGUCAAUAACGAAAAGCGAGAUGACCGUCGAUCUGUUCGAUUUCAACCACAUGGUCAGAUGCCUCGCAGAAUUCAGCGUCGAUUGCGAACCCGACCCCAAGGACCUAUCCAAAGGUCUCGAACAGGUCACCAUACCCGUCAUAAACGGCAUAAACAACGAGAUGUUGGACUUCUGCAAUUACUCGACGAAACGCGUUCCCAUGGAGGGGGUCAAGAUGAACCUGGACCCCAACUUCUUGGUCUGUUGCGACUGCGACGAUGACUGCAUAGAUAAGACGAAGUGUCCCUGUUGGAAGCUCACUUUGGAGGGUGCCAAAUUCUUCGACAGCACGAUAGACCCCAACUCUGUGGGUUACAUAUACCGGAGGCUGCAGGAUCAGGUUGUCACCGGAAUUUACGAGUGUAACUCCAGGUGCAAGUGCAAUAAUACCUGUUUGAACAGGGUGGCCCAGCACCCGAUGUCCCUGAAAUUGCAGGUCUUCCGGACUCACAACAGAGGUUGGGGAAUCAGAUGUCUGAACGACGUACCCCAGGGGGCCUUCAUCUGUGUGUAUGCCGGUACCAUCCAUACCGACCAGAUGGCAAACGAGGAUGGAAAAACAUACGGAGACGAGUAUUUCGCCGAACUGGAUUACAUCGAGUCGGUCGAAAAGUUCAAGGAGGAUUACGAGAAAGAGGUCAACUUCGACGAGGUGGACAGGUUGAGCGAGAGGGGUCCGUCCCCGUCCGAAGAGAUGGAGGUGCAGGAGGUUCUGUCUAGGCAGAUGUCCGGUAAGAGGCCACGGUACCAGGACGACAACGAAUUCGUACCGCCGGUUAACGUCACACCUGCCCAGGUCGAAUCGAGAGUGCAGACAAGGUUGCGGAAGAGGAAACCCCAAGACACGGACUCGGACAGCAGGGAGAGCGAGCCCGAGAGGGAGUCCAAGAAGUUCACGGCCAUCAGGACGCCGCUGAUGACCCCGGGGCAGAUAAAGAAGGAGAUCGUGGAGGCGAACAUAGCGGAGAGGCUGAAGAACAUCGUGUCGGACAUCGACACGGUGACGAUAAGCGACGACGAAGACGAGGUUAGGGAGGUGCUGAGUUUCAACCCGAAGAACGAGACGGAGCUGGACGAGAAAUCUAAGUAUCUGUCGGUCAGGGAGCUCUACGGUGCCGAUGAAAGUAUCUACAUCAUGGAUGCGAAGAAUGCCGGGAACAUCGGUCGGUUUCUGAACCAUUCUUGCGCCCCCAACGUGUUCGUCCAGAACGUGUUCGUGGACACCCACGACCCCAGGUUCCCCUGGGUGGCCUUCUUCUCGUCACAGUUCAUCAGGGCAGGCACGGAGCUGACCUGGAACUACAGCUACGACGUGGGCAGCGUGCCCGGGAAGAUCCUGUACUGUCACUGCGCGGCCCUCGAGUGCAAGGGUCGCCUAUUAUAAUUUUAUCUCAUUCGAUUGAGGAGAGACUGUUUUAUCAUUGUUUUAGAGGCGGAUCGAACGACUGUAUUUUGUUUUUCUAUGUAUAUGUCUUUAGUCGGUUUGACAUUUUUUGAAAUUUUUACGAACGUCGCCUGGUAGCGAGGUGGUUUUUCGUUCGAGAAUGAAUUGAGAUUUGAUAUUCAUUGAUGUUAUUUAUGAAAGAGAUGUUAGUAUACAGUAACAGUGGAUGAAUUGUCGAAAGAAGUAAUCGAGGAGAAAUUUAAAUAAUAAAAUGUGAAGAAAU